UUCUCUAUUAUCAAGUUUAUUGCUUUUUAUGAUAGAUGUUGGGAUAAAUAUAAUUAGUGCAUUAGUCAUUUUUAGUUUUUUACUAUUGAUCGUGUAUAGUUAAUUAGGUACGUCCACCAUGCAUUUUAUGUUUUACUAACAAAGUGCAUAUUCAAGUAUAAAAUAGUGCGAGGCUGAAGAGAAUGUUCACCCGGUGAAAAAGGAUAAUUUCUUGUGUGUGUAGUGGUGAUCCUAAAUCCUAAGCUGAGGAGAAGAUAUUGUUGUUGCAAUCAUGAAUGUAGAAGAAGAGGUUCAACGCCUCAGAGAAGAGAUCAAGAGGCUCGGUCAGGUCCAAACAGAUGGUUCUUACAAGGUUACAUUUGGAACACUAUUUAACGAUGAUCAAUGCGCAAAUAUAUUUGAAGCACUUGUGGGAACGCUAAGGGCAGCCAAAAAACGGAAAGUGGUAUCGUAUGACGGAGAGUUACUCCUGCAAGGAGUCCAUGAUAAUGUGGAGAUCACUCUUAAUCCUACCCCUUAAGCUGCAGCUGUUCAAUUGUUACACUUUGGCCUUGAAUGCUUUUUCCGAUUGGGUCACCAACUUGUUUUAAUGAUUCAUUUAACACUAAUUUACAUGAUUGUGGAUAUGCGUUGAGAUGUUUAUCUCUGGUUCACUAUACGUGGGUGAUCUUUUUGACAUGCAAUAAUUCUCAACAUCGAUUUCCUUGAUUUUAUGGAACUAUUAGGAAGCCUUCCAUUGAGUAUUCACAGUGCAAAACUGCUAUAUUACUUUUUUUUCUAUUUAAAAGAACACUCAAAUUUUAAAAUUAGUGUUUUGACAAAUCACCGCUCACAGCGU